CAAAAAUCUCAUAAAAUCUUCGAACUCUACAUUCUCUCGGCCUCGGAAGCCACAGGAAAUAUCAUGGCGGCACUGCUAGGGCACAUGAAUUUCUGGAACGCCUCAGUACAAUCAGCCAUUGACGUAUUUAUUGAAGAGCUGAAAGCCCCCGAGUCUCGUGGAAUAGCGACGAUUUUUGGCUUCAUCUACUCAUUGUUAUCACUGAUAACUGUGGUGGGGAAUGCACUUGUAAUCAUUGCAGUCUACAAAGACCCUUUGAAGAUCCUGAAAAACUCUCCUUCAAACCUCAUACUUUUGUCAUUAUCAGAAGCGGACUUGAUUGUGGGGUUGAUGAUUGGCCCUGGGGCAGCCGUGUGGUUUUUCCGAAUUGGAAAGGCAGCUCCAUCUUUAGGAUACAUCAUUGUGAUACUUAGUUGUUCGUCCUUGGUAGUCUCUGUUGGCAAUGUGUUGUUGCUGACUAUCGACAGGUACUAUGCAUUGGCAACACCUCUAAAAUAUCGAGUGAUAAUAACCAAAAAGACAGUGACGAUCGCAUCUAGCGCUAUAUGGGUGUAUUCUAUUUGCUAUGCAUUAACUUUCAGCCUCCUGCAACAAUAUUUCCUUCUUAUUUGGUUUGUUUCUGUUGUACUGCUGUUUAUUUGCUCUGAAUGCAUUUGUAUUCUGUACUUCGUUACUCUGAGAAAUCUUUCCAAACACUCCCACUCAAGAAUAGUGGUUAGUAAUUCACAAUCAAAUACAGCUUUGGCUUAUCAGAGAGAGAAAAAAGUUUUCAAAGUUAUCCUUUCAGUUAUUUUUGUAUUUUACCUCUGUUUUAUACCAUGGCUGGGAAAUCAAUUCGUGAUAUACUUUUGCAAAGGUUGCCACAGUCAUCGAAAAACGGUGAUGGUUUGCACCUAUGCAGCGCAAUUGUUUGCUAUCUUAAAUUCUGCUUUGAAUCCUGUGUUAUAUUCCUACAGGUUUGCAAAAUUUCAAGCCACGUUUCAGUAUUUCUUGAGAAAGAUUUUUCCGCAUAAAGGAAGAAAAAAGUCAGUUAGAAUAAACGAGAGAAGGCAAGCGUAUAAUACACAUCUAUAGGGGCAUCCCACAUUUUUAAUUUCUAGCUGAUGAAUCAGGAACAUAAUUCUAAUUCAAAUUUUUCAAUUGUGAACGUGUCUAGUACAUCGGCAGGUGUUCAGUCUCUUGAGAUUAAUAUUGAGAAAAUCCUAUGUAGUUUAGCUCUCAAAGAGUGCUGAUAUAACUUCACUUAGUUUGGACCGAAAUCCAUUUUUUAUAGUUUCUCUGGUUCCGUGUAUCGACUUCCUCAGAUAUUUCUUUCGGUAAGGUUCGGUUUUCUACCCUGGCCGGGGUUCCUCUGUGCUUUUCUCUUAAACGCAAUGCAACAAAAAUAAAUAUCAAUUUUCAGCUCACUGGGAACACUGGAGGUAACCUCUGAGUAUCAUGUUCGGCACGGCGAGGAGUAACAGAACAAAUGAAGAUUGUUCUUCUUCAGUUGAAUACUCCAAGCUCCUGUUUUUACUCGUCUUUGCACUGGCCCGAUGGAAAAAUUUAUCUCAAAAAAUGGUAGGAAGAAACGAUGGAAGGAUAUGAAACUAAUUCUAAUGUAAAUUCUGCAAAUAUAUUGUAUUAAAUUUUCAUCAUAAUUUCUUUGUUCGCCUUUUUCUAUCCUGCUUCAAGCCUUGUUAAUCCUUAUUUCUAAUUUAAAUUGUUUUUCAUCUCCGAGUUGUUGACACCGACUGCGCCGGUAUUAUUAUGAAAACGAAAAAAAAAAACACUUUAUCUUCCUCCUAAAAUUCAAAGUAUCAAUGGGUAUAAACAAUGAUUUUUUUAUUUACGUCUGGCAAUGAUGAGCAAAAUUGAUUGAUGUCAAAAAUUUUCCAGAACAAAUUUCUGUUAUGAAAUCCGCCUUUAGUUGACACAUGAAGACCUGUCACGAUUUAGAACCGUAUUUUAAAAAAAUCUGACACACCUAUUAAACCCACAAUAAAAACGGAAAAUCUAAGUAGAUGAAAUUUACUUAGAUUUCAUUUUUACAUGAAAUAUUGAUUAAGUCUCGCAUAAUUUCAUAGCUAUUUCAUAUAAGUUACGCAUCAUUCUCUAGCCAGAUAGGAAAGAAAACUGAAAAAUUAUAUCGUUUCCCACCCAAAAGAUUUUCAAUCCAUCUUCAUGAUCAUUCGUCCAGAAUGAUAUUUAAAAGGAUAAUUUUUUAUCAUUUAGCAAUCUCCAAUCUUAGGGAGUGGAGUUAAAAAGACGACUCGUAUCUAGUAUCUAAAAAUUUCUUUCUUGUUCAGCAGUACGUUUAUUAUACGAGCUGCCAAAAAACCUCCCUUAUCACUUACACACGACAAACACCAUCCUUAAAGUUUGUAAUUGCCGUCAAAGUCUC